UGGCUAGGUCAGGUGAUGGACUUUCCGAUAAUAGGAGGAAAGGGAGAGUGACUUUGCUUUACGGCUCCGCUACGGUCCUCCUGCCCUUUGAUUGCUGAAGCAGCUCAGAGAAGGGUGAGCCCCUGCCUGCUUGGAGGGAAAGAGCCUUUUUGAAGGCCGCUGGGCCAAAAUGGUGGUUUUCUCCAAAGAAUAUGGCUAUGUGAUUCUCACUGGUACUGCCAGUUUUGUCUUGAUAACACACCUUGCAGUAAAUGUGUCGAACGCACGCAAGAAAUAUCAUGUGGAGUAUCCAACCAUGUACAGUACAGACCCUGAAAAUGGGCAUAUCUUUAAUUGUAUCCAGAGGGCACACCAGAACACCUUGGAAACAUAUCCCUCCUUCCUGUUCUUUCUUGGAAUCAGUGGGAUCUACUACCCGCAUGUUGCUACAGGACUUGGUAUAGCAUGGAUAAUUGGAAGAAUACUCUAUGCUUAUGGCUAUUACACAGGAGAUCCUAGUAAGCGAAAUCGUGGAGUCCUCGGUUCCAUUGCACAUCUGUGUUUGGCAGGGACCACUGUUUACUCAGCUUUCCAGCAUCUUGGCUGGAUCUGCAGAGCCUAGACAGCAUCCAUUCUAGUGAUUUCCUGAGAUGGCUUUAAACAUUUCUCUCAUAUAAUUUUUAUCAUUGCUUUGUAAAAAAAAUAAAAAACAAAAAAGAAUCA